ACUUCGCUUGGCCAGCAUCACUUGGAGGAAAGCCGCUGAUUGAAUAAGUAAAAGGGGACCUGGUUAUGUUUACAAGCAAAACUAGACUUGUCAUCACCGUGACACAUCUUCGGCACAUCCUCAAGUCUGACCAUCAAAAGUAUUUCUCUCCCUAACCCCUCCCCCCUCCCCUCCUUAACCAACCUUAUAUAUUUGAACGCUUGAACGGAAACCGUUCAUUUUGCCCCCCUUUACAUUUUGAUCCGCAAGAAAAGGAUGGACUGAAAGAUUAGGGGUGUUUUCUUUCCCCGGGAGUCUGCUGGCCGGCAUUUCUCACUCCAAGCGCUGGUAAAAGUUAAAGAAGACCGAUUUUGGGAAAUACGCACAGCGCCACCAAGUGAACUGUCGUCGAUGAGUGGAUUACAUCGGACGUCUCUUGUGAAACCGGUGAAACUUUUCGAACCAAUCGUUGGAAGUGGCGGUGUGCUGCUGAACGGACGUCGACUGGCUUCGGAUCGCUGAGGAAUUCGCUUCUCUGAGCGGAGCGGUCCCUUGCGCAGCAGCAUCCCACACUUCGGAGAGGAGAGGAAGGUGAUGAAGGCAAUCAGUUGAACAUGGAGCUUUUCUGGAUUUUGUUAUUUUCUAUCGUCCAACCUUAUGCGCAGGGCCAAGGAGUUUACGCUCCUGCCAACGCCCAGAUCAUACACUCGGGCGCAGCGUGCAAUGUGAAGGAUGACAACAUCAGCGAGAGGAUCUACACCAUCAAGGAAGGAGACACUCUGGUGCUCCAGUGCAUCGUCAAGGGACAUCCUCGGCCCCCAGUGCGGUGGACCAAGACAGCGGGCAGCGCGUCAGACAAGUUCAUGGAGACGUCCAUCUACAACGAGACGCUGCGCAUCGAGCGCAUUCUGCGGGUGCAGGGGGGUCGCUACUACUGCAAGGCUGACAAUGGGGUGGGGGUGGCUGCCAUCAAGUCCAUCCGCGUAGAUGUGCAGUACCUGGACACGCCAGUGCUGACGGUGCACCAGACCAUCAGCGACGUGCGAGGCAGCUACUACCAGGAGAAGACCGUCUUCCUGCGCUGCACCGUCAACUCCAACCCCCCGGCGCGCUUCAUCUGGAAACGAGGGAACACGCCCAUCGAGCAGAGCAAGGACAACGGAGUGGACAUCUACGAGCCUCUGUACACACAGGGUGAGACCAAGGUGCUGAAGCUGAAGAACCUGAGGCUCAAGGAUUUCGCCAACUACACCUGCCAGGUGUCCGUCCGCAACGUGUGCAACAUCGAGGACAAGUCCGUCACCUUCCGCCUCACCAAUGGAACCACCGCCCCGGCCCUGCGGCUGUCCGUCAACGAGACCCUGGUGGUGGACCCCGGGCGCGACGUCACCAUGAACUGCGAGGUGAUAUCGGGCUUCCCCCGGCCCACCGUCACCUGGUCCCGCUACCCGGGCGCCCUGCCGCUCAGCGCCCAGGUGCGGGGCAGCGCCCUGGUGCUGCGCGCCGUCACCCCCGCCGACGCCGGCUUCUACAACUGCACGGCGGUCAACAACGUGGGGAACCCCGCCCGCCGCAACGUCAACCUGGUGGUCCGCUCGAUGAGCAACCUGACCUUCCAGAUCACGCCCGACUCCAACAAGGACAGCGAGAGCAUCCAGAUGGGUCGCGACCUCAAGCUGUCCUGCCACGUGGACGCCACCCCUCAGGACAAGGUCAACUACACCUGGUACAAGAACGGCGCCCCCGUCUUCAACACGGAGACCCUGAUCCUGCUGCGCAGCGACCCGGACAUGGCGCCCGGCACCAGCAGCCUGGAGAUCGUGGACAUGAAGUUCCGCGACCUGGCCACCUACAGCUGCGUGGCCAGCUUCCCAGGGAGCAGUGUGCAGGAGCUCCGCGUGGACGUCAACGUCACCCAGAGCAGCGUCAUCCCCCCGGUGCUGGCGGUUCCCCCUGGGGGCCAGGUGGUCAGCGCCAGGGAGGGGGGCAGCGCGGAGCUGGUGUGCCUGGUGGCGGACGGCAAGCCCCGGCCCCCCAUCCUCUGGUCCCGGGUGGACAAGGACCAGCUGAUGCCGUCGGGGCAGGCGGUGGUGGAGACGCGGGACGGCCGGCUGCGGCUCGCCAACAUCAGCCGCGACAUGAUGGGGCCGUACCGCUGCCAGACGGCGCCCUACAACGGCCUGAACAUCAAGCGCCGCGAGGCGCAGGUGCAGCUCAACGUGCAGUACCCUCCCAUGCUGGACCCCGUGUUCCAGGACGUCCGCUCCAGGAACUACCAGUUUGUGACGCUGCGCUGCGGGGUGCUGCGCUCCAGCCCCCCGAGGCUCACCAACGUACGAUGGUACCGCAACGGGGAGCUGGUCCGCAUGCCGCCGCUGGACCCCAAGGACGUGCCAGAGUACAAGUUCAAGCUGGAGCCCAGCAACAACGGCUCGUACGAGUGCCGCGUCAGCAACGCCGCCGGCACCUCGGCCUGCACCUUCGACGUCUCUGCGAGGCCGUAUGAUGCUGAGUUCUACUUCGACACGCCCAACCCCAUCCGCAUCCUGAAAGGGAACAACUACUCCUUCAACCUGCAGUGGACUCAGAGGGACCCGGAGGCCACCGACCGCAUCAUAGGCUACUGGAUCAACGUCCGCAAGAACAAGCAGAACCUGCUCUCCAAGCAGAUCGACCUGAAGGGCGUCGAGCCCGUGAAGGGGGUCCUGCAGUCCUACGCCAUCGCCGACCUGCGGAUCCCCCUCUCCUACGAGGUCCGCCUGGCCCCCAUCACCACCUACAGCAUCGGAGACUACGUCAGCCGCACCAUACAGUACUCUGAACCCUACACAUACCCAAGAUCAUCAGACCACGUGUGCGGCUUUGAGGAUGAACGGAUAUGUGGAUUCUCUCAGGACAGGACAGACAUGUUUGAUUGGACGAGACAAAACCGCCUGACCCAGAAUCCUAAGCGAUCGCCCAACACUGGCCCAGAGACGGACCGCAGUGGAACCAAAGAGGGUUACUACAUGUACAUCGAAGCAUCGCGGCCCCGGGCCCCCGGAGACAAGGCGCGGCUCCUGUCCCCUCUGUUUAACGUGACGUCGGUGAAGGGGCCCAAGGGCUCUGGAAGGGUCCCCUACUGUGUGUCCUUCUAUUACCACAUGAAGGGCAAACACAUUGGAACCCUCAAUGUGCUGCUGAGAGUGAGGAGCAUAGCGUACGUGGACUCGGUAGCCUGGUCCAAGUCUAGCCACCAGGGACCAGACUGGAAGAAGGCCCUGUUUGACAUCAGCCCCAGCGGACCCUUCCAGAUAAUGUUUGAGGGAAUCCGGGACGUGGGCUAUGAAGGGGACAUCGCCAUCGAUGACGUGUCCAUCACCAAAGGAAAGUGCAAGCAAGACAAUUCUGUGGCCAACUCAGUUCUGAUUGGGGGUUCCGCUAAACUGCACCCGCAACUAUUGGGCAGCUGGACGACCUUUGCUCUCCUCUGCUUCCUGCACUACAGAUGAUGAGUAAUGGUCGAUCAACUGACAGACUGUCUCGAGUGGCGCUCUUAUCCUUCCCGAGCCACCGCCAGUGUCCUUUCUUAACCCCCCCCCCCCCCCCCCCCUUCUUCGUCUCCAUUCAUUUAACAAUCCAUUCACUCCUCCCCCUUCAUUCUUUCAUCAUUUCAUUCCCUUGUCUUCCAUUCCUUCUCCCCUUUCAUCCAUCCUUUGUCUGUCCAUCGAUAACAAAUAUUUAGUUAUGAUUUAUAAAUGCUUAUUGUUCAACGUUCUGCCAUCAGUCCGUCUAGACGCACGCGCGCCCACAUUGUACCGUCAUCGGCGGCUAACAUGGUCUAUAUUAUAUUUAUAAACAUACGUAUAUGCUAUACGGCAGUGAGACCGUACCAUGCACUUCCCCCUCCCCCGCCCCUUGCUUCCUUAAACUCAAUUCCCUGAUCUUCAUGUUCCUACGAUUCAUUCACCACCACCACCACACAUCCACUGUACCCCCUAUUCUCACCCC